AUGGCCACUGCUCAGCUCUCUCACUCUAUCAAAAUUCACAAAGCAUCUAAGUUUGAUCAUUCAUUGCCACUAUAUGGUAUACCAAAGAAGAACAAAGCUUAUAUAGCAAAAUCUAGCAAAGAUCUAGAAUGUCUUUGGGACCUCAGUUUAAAAAUCCUUCGAGAAGAUAAAAAAUGUCCUGGGUCACUGCAUAUUAUCAAAUGGAUCCAAGGUUGUUUUGAUGCUUUGGAAAAAAGAUACCUACACAUGGCAGUACUUACACUUUAUACAAAUCCCAAGGAACCAGAGAAAGUGACUGAGAUAUACCAGUUCAAAUUCAAAUACACAAAAGAAGGAGCCACUAUGGAUUUUGACAGCAGUAGUACAAGCUUCGAAAGUGGGACAAACAGUGAAGAUAUUAAGAAAGCCAGUGUUCUACUGAUCCGUAAAUUAUAUAUACUGAUGCAGAACCUUGGACCCCUUCCUAAUGAUGUUAUACUUACUAUGAAACUCCACUACUAUAAUGCGGUGACUCCACAUGAUUACCAACCCCCUGGUUUUAAAGAAGGGGUAAACUCACACUUCCUGCUGUUCGAGGGGGAGCCUGUAAACCUGCAAGUGGGAUUGGUCUCCACUGGCUUUCAUAGUAUGAAAGUAAAAGUCACAACUGAGGCCACCAGAGUAUCUGAUUUGGAGAACAAUCUCUUUCAGGAGAACAGCACUACUGAGAUUGUUCAUCAGGGUCUAGACUUCGAUGAAGAAGAAGAGGAAUGCAACAAUCAUGUAAGGCAAAACUUUAUCGAGCCUCCAUUGCUUCAGUUAAACACAGCUAACAUUUUUAAUUCCCUCAUAGGUUAUAUCACAGUAGUCGUCCAAUGGAGUAUGUCAGGUAUAAAAACUAAAACAAAAUUAGCCUCUGACCUCAGGGAGUCUUUAUUGUAAAAAAAGUACUGUACUGUAAAAAAAGGGAAUAUACUUUGAAAUUGUCCAUGAUUACAAGAAAAAAAAAAAAGACCUUCCAAUAUACUUCUUUUAGAAAAGGUACCCAUAAACUUAGAAAAUUUGGGAUUUUCUUUUUUUCAUUUAUAGGUAACAUUUUUAGGAUUUAAAAAAUAUUCUGGGUAUUCAUUCUCACUGGAAAUAUAAAGUUCUUGA